CCGGAAGCGCUCGAGACAGUCAUGGACUGCAAGGCCGCGGCGGAACGGCCGCCGGAGGAAACCCUGGCGCUCUGGAAACGGGAGCAAGCCUGGCUGAAGGCCCGCGUGGUGGACUGGGACACCGAGCCAUGGCAGCAAGACCCCAGCUUCUCAGGGCUGCAGCGGGUCGGGGGUGUUGAUGUGUCCUUUGUGAAAGGGGACAGUGCCCGUGCCUGUGCCACCCUGGUGGUGCUCAGCUACCCGGAGCUCGAGGUGGUACACGAGGAGAGUCGCAUGGUCAGCCUGACCGCCCCCUACAUAUCCGGCUUCCUGGCCUUCCGAGAGGUGCCUUCCCUGGUGGAUUUGGUGCAGCGGCUGCGGGAGACAGAGCCUGGCCUCCUGCCCCAGGUCCUUCUUGUGGAUGGAAAUGGGGUGCUCCACCACCGAGGCUUCGGUGUGGCCUGCCACCUUGGCGUCCUUACGGGGCUGCCCUGCAUUGGGGUGGCCAAGAAGCUCCUGCAGGUGGACGGGCUGGAGAACAAUGCCCUGCACAAGGCGAAGAUCCAAGUGCUGCGGGCUGCGGGAGAUGCGUUUCCUCUGACUGGAGACUCUGGGGUGGUGCUGGGAGUGGCCCUCAAGAGCCACGACCGCAGUUCCAAGCCCGUCUACGUCUCCGUGGGCCACAAGCUGAGCCUGGAGACCGCUGUGCGCCUGACCCGCCACUGCUGCAGGUUCCGGGUCCCAGAGCCCGUGCGCCAGGCUGACAUCCGUUCUCGAGAGCACAUCCGCAGGACCCUCACGCCCCCAGAGCCCCCUGCGCCGGGCCGGGAGAGGAGCCGGAAGGUGCCGGGGCCAAAGCCGCGUCCCAAAGGAGGCUCAGGAGAGGGCCGCAGCCGGGGGCCGGGGACAGAGCAGGGGGCCCCGCGGCCAGGCUCCCCGGAACAGGACGAGGACCGGCGGCCUGGGGAAGCUGGGCACCGUGAGCGGCGCGCUCUGCCCGGGGAGGGUAGCUGCGCUGAGGAGCCGGUCCCCGGGGACGGUGGGGCUGUCCCCCCACCGCCGCACGUGGAACACGGGAAGUCUCACUGAUGGGAGGCAGCUCCGCCGGCUGCUGCCGGCCCUCGU